AUGACAACCAACCAACAAGAUCUAACGCCGUGUCAAGUCUGAAGUGUGACGAUGGGUAUGGGGCGGGUCACGGGGACUCUGUCAGAGCCUGUUUGUGUCCGAGACGGUCUGUCUGACAUGGGGUCCGAUAUGGCUGCCAGGCGGAUUGAGGUCGGGGGUGUGUGUGUGUUGGACGUAGAGACCAGUGUUGUGUUGUUGCUGCCGAGUUCUGUGUCACUGGAGCAGGAGCCCACAGCAACUCUAAAGUUCAGCGUGAAUUAAUUAAAUUCCCUUGGAACUCCCACUGACCCAAAGAACAAGCCGGCUCCACACAGCCGCCAUGGAAGACCUAGAGGAGGACCUCACGUGCUCCGUGUGCUACUCCCUGUUCUGUGACCCCCGGGUUCUUCCCUGUUCCCACACCUUCUGCAAGGCCUGCCUGGACCGCGUUCUGCUGUCCUCCGUCAACUACUCCGUGUGGCGGCCCCGUCCCCUGAAAUGCCCGAACUGCCGCAGCCUGGUGGAGCUGGCGCCCCCCGGGGUGGAGGCCCUGCCCGUCAACGUCUCACUCCGAGCCAUCGUGGAGAAAUACCAGAAGGAGCGGCCCCCUGCCCCCUCCUGCUGCCCGGAGCACCCGCGCCAGCCCCUCAACGUGUACUGCGUCCCGGACCGCCGGCCCGUCUGCGGCCUGUGUCUGACGGUGGGCCGGCACCGGGGCCACGCCAUCGACGACCUGCACGCCGCCUUCCUCCGGGAGCGCCAGACGCUGGGCCAGCUGCUGGCCGCGCUGUCGGAGCAGCGCCUCGCCCAGGUGUGUGAGUUGGGGCAGCAGCUGGACCAGGGGAAGGCCCAGUGUGAGGGUCUGCUGAGGGCCGACCGCCUGGCCGUGGAGCAGUACUUCCAGGAGCUGGAGCUCACUCUGUGCAGGAAGAAGGAGGCCUGCCUGGUGGCCCUGGAAGCGGCCAGCGCUGACGUGGACCGGGCCUAUAACCCGCUGAUCGUGUCGGCCCGGAGCCUGGCGGAGGAGCACUGCGACCUCUUGACCCUGGGGGCAUCGGUCCAGGAGGAAGACCGGCCGCUGGAGUUCCUGGAGCAGGUGCAUCUGCUCCGAGAGAGGGUGGAGAGGCUGACGGAGCUCCCCCUGCCCCCCGCCGCGGCCCCCUCCGUCGCCCCCCGUGCUGGGGACUUCCUCCGGGACCGCUGGGCCCAGGUGGGCCUCGGGGCGCUGGGCGAGGCGCCCGUACCCUGGGUGGGCUGCGGACCUCAGGGGGAGGGGCCCGGGGCCGAGGCCGGUCCAGCUGCUACUGGUACUGGUGGUACUGAAGAUACUGGAGGUACUGGUGGUACUCAGGGUACUGGAGGUACUGGAGGUAUUGGAGGUUCUCAGGGUACUGGAGGUACUGAGGGUCUGGAUCAAGAGGGUCCGGUAAGUUUGCCCGUAAGCCUGUGUCUGGCCGGUGGGCUGGCGCUGCUGAUGUCCCUGGCAGCCUAUUGCCUAUUGGUCUGCGGGGACCUGUGGGAAGACUGGAGGAGUGGACUGACCACGCCCGUAGGGGAGGAGGCCGUCAUGGUGCACACGCAGAUCCAGAGAACCAUGGAGGUCCUUCUGCAGGCGGUGGAAGAUCUCUUCAUGUAGUUGGCCUCCUUCCUGGAUAGACUUCUCCUUCAUGGAUAGACUCCUCCUCCAUGGAUAGACUCCUCCUUCCUGGAUAGACUCCUCCUUCCUGGAUAGACUCCUCCUUCAUGGAUACUCCUUCUUCCUGGAUAGACUCCUCCUUCCUGGAUAGACUCCUCCUUCCUGGAUAGACUGCUCCUUCCUGGAUAGGCUCCUCCUUCAUGGAGACUUCUCAACCUUUGUCCUCACUGCACCGUGGGGGUAGUGUCGCUGGGUGACUUUUGAGAAUUGCACAAACAUUUUUUUAUUAUAUCCGUCGACAUGUAUCUGCCAUUUCUUCAUACAUCACGUGUAAUUAAAGAUUCAAGGAGGUGGUUUGAUAGUUUAAAACCCUGACAUACUGAAGUCCUCUUUGAGGGUAUAUAUUUUACCUAUAUUUCAUUUUAUAUAUAUAAAUAUAUAGAAUACCCAAAUGUAUUAUAUCAUUUAUAUAUAUUGUAUAUACAUUAAAAUAUAUUUUAAGAUUAUAUAUUAUAAAAAUAUAUACAUAUCCAAUUAAUAUUUUUUAUAUAGCCUAAAGAAUUAUGACGGUUAAGCAAAGCGUUUGAUAUGUAGAAUGUGAGUUUGGACUACAGCGCUGCCCUGGUUGGGGGCAGUUAUACAGUGAGGUGUGUGAGAAACAAAGCACGUGUUUAUGUAAUGUGUAACACUGCUAGGAUGGCACCGCACACUACCUGUCCAGUGGGCUCUGCAUGUACUGCCUUACACACGUGUGCCUUAAUCUCCAUGUAUAAGCUCAAUGCCUUUAAUGAAGUAAACUGUGGAAACCAUGUAGAUGUGGGGAUUUUGGGACCAUUUGGAUAUGGAGGCGUCAGGAAUCCAUUACGCCAGUUCAUAUUUUGUAUGUGGAUUAAAAAUCUAAUAAACGUUUAUUUGUA